UGUUGAUGUGUCACGUGACGGGGAAGCAGUGAGGCACAAGUGGAGGUGAAUGCGCCGGGUUAAAUUCGCUGAGAACCAGUCAAAAAUUCUCUCGUACUCCUAAACGUGGCCAUACCUAUCCGGGAAAAAUGGACCCACGAAAAUUGACAGAACUCCUACGCGCCACCAUAGACCCGACUCAGCAGAAGCAGGCCGAGGAGCAGCUCAACCAGAUUCAUAAAAUUAUUGGGUUUGCACCAAGUCUUCUACAAGUUGUGAUGACAGCUGAAGUUGACAUGCCUGUCAGACAGGCUGGUGUUAUAUAUUUGAAAAAUCUAAUUACAACGAAUUGGGCUGAUCGGAAUGCUGACAAUGGUCAGGUUGCGUUCAGUAUACAUGAACAAGAUCGUGCUAUGAUACGUGACGCUAUUGUGGAUGCAGUAGUACAUGCGCCUGAACUUAUAAGGGUGCAGUUAGCCGUAUGCAUUAGCAACAUAGUCAAGCACGACUUCCCAGGAAGAUGGACACAAAUUGUGGACAAAAUCACAAUUUAUCUUCAGAAUCCAGAUGCUUCCUGUUGGCCCGGUGUUCUCCUCGCUUUGUACCAACUCGUCCAAAAUUUCGAAUAUAAGAAACCCGAAGAGAGAGGUCCACUACACGAAGCGAUGAAUCUCCUGUUUCCGAUGAUUUACCAGUUGAUGCUGAGACUGUUACCUGACCCAUCGGAUCAGUCUGUUUUUCUUCAGAAACAGAUCCUUAAGAUAUUCUAUGCCUUGACACAGUACUCCCUUCCGCUGGACCUCAUAUCACGAGAGGUGUUCUCACAGUGGAUGGAUGUAGUGCGAGAAGUUGCAGACCGGCCCGUUCCACCGGAAACAAAUAAUCCAGGUAUAGAUAACGAUGAACGAGCCGAGUUACCUUGGUGGAAAUGCAAAAAGUGGGCUUUACAUAUUUUACAUCGAAUGUUUGAAAGGUACGGUAGUCCGGGUAAUGUAACAAAAGAAUACAAGGACUUCUCCGAGUGGUACUUGCAAACCUUCAGUGCUGGUAUCAUCGAGGUUCUGCUUAAAAUUCUGGAUCAAUACAGAAGAAAGAUUUACGUCUCGCCGAGAGUCUUACAACAGUCCAUUAAUUAUAUUAAUCAAGGAGUGAGCCACGCAUAUUCAUGGAAAUUCUUGAAACCACAUAUGUUUGAAAUCAUUCGGGAUGUGCUGUUUCCAAUUCUCUCGUAUUCAGCCGCCGACGAGGAAUUAUGGAAUACCGAUCCUCACGAAUAUAUUAGAGAAAAAUUCGAUAUAUUCGAGGAUUACGUAUCCCCGGUAACUGCGGCUCAAGUUUUACUACAUUCUGCCUGUAAGAAGAGAAAGGAAAUGUUGCAGAAGACCAUGCAUUUCUGCGUGGAAGUCUUAACAAGCCCUAAUGCCGACCCCAGGCAGAAAGAUGGUGCUCUACACAUGGUCGGGAGUUUGGCGGAUAUAUUAUUGAAGAAGAAAGUCUACAAAGACCAGAUGGAUAACAUGCUCCUUCAGUAUGUUUUUCCUGAAUUCAACAGUCCCCACGGGCACAUGAGAGCAAGGGCCUGCUGGGUUCUGCACUGUUUCGCUGUUAUUAAAUUUAAGCAAGAACAGGUUCUGGUGGAAGCCAUUAGACUGACCACGAACGCCCUCUUGAGCGAUCAGGAUCUACCGGUGAAAGUGGAAGCUGCUAUCGCUUUGCAAAUGCUUCUUAACUCGCAGAACAAAGCCAAGAAGUACGUCGAGCCUCUGAUCGAACAAAUCACCCUGGAACUUCUGACUAUUAUUCGCGAGACUGAGAACGAUGAUCUGACCAGCGUUAUGCAAAAGAUUGUUUGCACCUACACGGCGCAACUUAUGCCGAUCGCCGUAGAAAUUUGUCAACACUUGGCUACGACGUUUAGUCAAGUGCUUGAAACGGACGAGGGCAGCGACGAGAAGGCCAUAACUGCAAUGGGCUUGUUGAAUACAAUCGAAACUCUGCUGAGUGUAAUGGAAAAUCAGCCUCAAAUUAUGGCGCAAUUACAGCCAACCGUUUUACAAGUAGUCGCACAUAUUUUCGGACAGAGCGUAAUGGAAUAUUACGAGGAGGCUCUGUCUCUGGUUUACGACUUGACCGUGAAGACAAUUUCGGAGGACAUGUGGAAAGUCCUUGAACUGAUGUAUCAGCUUUUCCAAAAGGAUGGAUUCGACUACUUUACCGACAUGAUGCCUGCACUUCACAAUUACAUCACGGUCGAUACUCCGGCGUUCCUAUCUAACGAGAACUACAUUCUCGCGAUGUUCAACAUGUGUAAAGCAGUUUUGACCGGAGAUUCUGGCGAGGAUCCAGAGUGCCACGCUGCCAAACUGUUAGAAGUUAUCAUCUUACAAUGCAAAGGACAUAUAGAUCAAUGUAUCCCGUCGUUAGUUCAAUUGGUAUUGGAACGAUUGACCCGAGAAGUGAAGACGUCGGAAUUGAGGACGAUGUGUCUGCAAGUUGUGAUAGCGGCUCUUUACUACAAUCCGACUCUUUGUUUGGGAGUUAUGGACCGACUUCAGGGAACUCUUGGUCAAUCCGCCGAACCGAUCGCAUCCCAUUUCAUUAAACAGUGGAUACACGAUACCGAUUGCUUCCUUGGAUUGCACGACCGGAAGCUCUGCGUCCUUGGACUGUGUACUCUGAUCAGUAUGGGCCCUUCGAGACCGGCUGCCGUCAAUGAAUGUGCACAACAAGUGAUACCUUCCUUGAUCUUGCUUUUCGACGGUCUCAAACGAGCCUACGCAGCUAAAGUCUCCGAGAGCGACGACGACGACAGCGACGACGAGGAGAGCGACUUCGAUGAAAAGGUCCUUUCUACGGACGAGGAUGAGAUUGAUGAUGCUAGUCAGGAAUAUCUUGAGAAACUCCAAGAAAAGGCGACCAAGGCUUCGGCCCAACACGGCUUCAUUUUAACGGCAUCCAUUCAAGAUGGUCAUGGAGAUCACAGGUCCGAUGACGACGACGGCGAAGAUUCGGAUUACGAGGUCAACGAAGAGACUGCCCUUGAAAGUUUUACUACACCCCUAGAUUCAAGCGACACAAACCAGGACGAAUACGUUGUCUUUAAGGAAGUUAUGCAAACCAUCGAGCGAACGGAUCAGCCGUGGUACAGAGCACUGACCAACCAUCUGACCUCCGAACAACAGAAAGCUCUCCAGGAGAUCAUAUUGCUGGCGGAUCAGCGCAAAGCAGCCCUCGAAAGUAAACGAAUCGAGAUGAGCGGCGGUUACGCUUUCCACUCGCAGACAGUGCCGACCUCGUUUAAUUUCGGCGGGACGUCGUUAGGCCGAUAAGGACUCUAAACGUUUCUAUUUUAGAUUGUGUAACAUUAAAGAAAUUACAAGAAGCCAAGGGCGGUGUCGAGUGACCACCUCGAAGACACGAAUGCAUUUUCCGUUGCAAGCCAUUAAUUCUCUCCGAUAUCGUGUAAACUAUUUGUACAUUGACCGGAUGAAUUCCCGAGGACGAGCUGGGACACGCCGUGUAUCUAAGACUAAACCGGCUCGCGAUGGAGAUACGGCUUUUCACAUGUACUCCCGCUGAUAACGCUGAUAACGCUGUGGUCGCCGCUCCCUUCGUCGUAAAUGGGACGUCGACGUGCCGAGGUCCCCCCUCGAAACUCGGCGCGAUUCCUUUCGAGCGAAAAUUAUUAUCCCCUUAUUUGCAGUAAACCAAAGGGAAGAGAAGAGGUCGAUGCGCCCCCGAUUUGUCGGAUGAGAGAAAGAGCGUCGGAUCGGUUGUCUCUCUGUUGUAUGUACGUCGAUGCCUUGGGAAUGGAGAGGCGUCGUGGGAAUGAUGUAUUGUCGAGGCUCCGCUGUAUUUGUUCCGUGGUAGCACACGUAGACGGUCGUCGGAAGUGUCCCGUCGGGAGGUCGUUGACUUUAUACAAUGUUUGUUAAAAAUAUGUUAAAUUGUUGGUAUAAAUAUAUCGAAGGCUAAUUUUUAAUACACUA